AUGAGUACUGUUGAAGCCACUUCAAGUGGUUAUAAUGAUUUAAAAGGUUCUGAUUCAAUAGUUCAAAAGAAAGGUAAUAUUGCAUCAUUUUCUUCAAACAAUGUUUCAAACGGCUUAACGACUAUUGAUACGAACGGUAAUGUUUUCAAAGUACCAGAUUUUAGUAUCAAAGAUAUUUUACAAGUAAUUCCAAAGCAUUGUUAUGAAAGAUCUUUGAUCAAAUCCUUUAGUUAUGUGAUUAGAGAUAUUAUUUGCAUGGUUUUGAUUGGUUAUAUUGGUCUCACAUUUAUUCCAUACAUUGAAUUUAAUGAUUAUCCAACUGUAUCAAUUAUUUUAAGAGGAAGUGCUUAUAUGCUACAAUCGUAUUUAAUUGGUUUAUUUGGUUUUGGAUUAUGGAUUUUAGCUCAUGAAUGUGGUCAUGGUGCAUUUUCAGAUUAUCAAAAUGUUAAUGAUGUAAUAGGUUGGGUUUUGCAUUCUUAUUUAAUGGUUCCUUAUUUUUCAUGGAAAUUUUCACACUCAAAGCAUCAUAAAGCUACUGGUCAUUUAACAAAAGAUAUGGUUUUCAUUCCUUAUACUAAAGAAGAAUAUAAAAAAUUAAAUAAAGUUGAGAAAAUUGCAGAUAUUAUGGAAGAAAGUCCAAUUUAUUCAUUAUCAAUUUUAAUUUUUCAACAAUUAGGUGGUUUACAAACUUAUUUAGCUAUGAAUGCAACUGGUCAAGUAUAUCCGGGAGUUUCAUGGUUUAAAAGAUCUCAUUAUUAUCCUACUUCUCCAGUUUUUGAAAAAAAUCAAUAUUGGUUUAUUUUAUUAUCUGAUGUUGGUAUCAUUGCUACUUUAACUGCUGUUUAUCAAUGGUAUUAUCAUUUUGGUUUAUUUAAUAUGAUGAUCAAUUGGUUUGUUCCUUGGUUAUGGGUAAAUCAUUGGUUAGUUUUUGUUACAUUUUUACAACAUACAGAUCCAACUAUGCCUCAUUAUUCAUCAAAAGAAUGGACAUUUGCAAGAGGUGCAGCUGCAACUAUUGAUAGAAAUUUUGGAUUUAUUGGCCAACAUAUAUUUCAUGACAUUAUUGAAACUCAUGUUCUACAUCAUUACGUCUCAAGAAUUCCAUUUUAUAAUGCUAGAGAAGCUACUGAUGCAAUUAAAAAAGUCAUGGGAGAACAUUAUAGAUAUGAUGGUGAAAAUAUGUGGAAAUCAUUAUGGAAAGUUAUGAGACUGUGUCAAUUUGUUGAUGAUGAUAAACAAGAUGCCAAAGGUGUUUUAAUGUUUAGAAAUGUUAAUGGUGUUGGUCCAGUCAAACCAAAAGAUUAG